AUGGAGCACCUGCAGUUCGAAGUGCUGGGCUCACUGAAGGUGCCGCCAGCCUGGAGCCCGGAGCAGGACAACGCCUACCCGUUCAGGUUCUGGCUCACGGAUGUGACGACGUGGGCGGCGGCGGCAGCUCGGGAUGUCAAGCCCGAGCAACCGGGCCCGGCGGUCGCGCUGCGCCUGGGCGGAGCGGCCCACAGCUUGACGUCCUUCGCGCCGCUGGGUGAGGAGUCCGAGCUGCGUGCGACGCAGAAUUGGCUGGGUUUCACCAGGCGCGGUCCUGAGAAUAUCGAUCAGACGCUGAGUAGGUUCGAGGUUGUGCGACGCCGCGCGGCCACCCUCGGCAACUUCGCCAUGGGCCCGCAAGGGCUCAACCCCAUCGGCCGGGACAGCAACGUCGUGAAGUGCAUGGCCAAGGGCUGUGAGAGCGAGUUCCACCUGAUCAAGGACUGCCCGCGCAAGCAGGGCAAGGGCGGCUCGUUCAUCACCGAUGGUGCGAGGCCGCUUACUGGAGCAGGAGCUGGCGCACCAUGGAUUGGCUUCAACACUGGCUCAGCACCAAGCGGGCCACCUUCAGCGACGCCAGCGCACGGAGCAGGAUCAGUCAUCUUCUUCGCGACGGACAACGCGGUGCCCAUGGCGCUGGAGAGCAGCGCGAGCGUGGCGGGCGCGAAAUGUUUCACUGGAGUCGCGAUCGCACUGGCGCAGCCGAGCGGUUCGGCAUCUUCGGAGAGUGGAGGCCCAGCAUUUCCCACGAUGAACGUCCCGACGUUCGAGAGCAUCGCGAAGGUUCCUGGGCUCGAUCGUGCUGGCGCGAACUACGGCCGAGACCAGAUCCUAGGUAUUAGGUCUCCAACCGGCGGCUGCUGCAUCGGCGCCGACACCUACGGCUUCCGACAUCUUCGGGACAAGCAGGACUCCUUCAGCAUUGACUUGGUGGAGAAAGCACCCGGAGACGCCGAGAACCCCGCGAUUGAGGUCGAGCUAGAGAUCGACUUGUCCACGCUCGACCCAGGUGCGGAAUCGCACUUCAUCGGUGACGGCGAUAGCGUCGGCUGCGCGAAGGUUCAGGACUGCGCUGAGGGCACGAAGUACGACAUGAAGGAGACGGAGUCCCGAAUACCUAAGGACGAGGAGACGGUCGAGCAGGAUGAGAUCGAACGUGAAGGUCAUGACGAACAACGCAGAGUUGAUUUCACAGACAAGGGUGACAGCUAA